AUGAUGGAGACCCGUUACUAUGAGGGGUGCGGACGCGAAGGUCCAAUACGAUGCAUAUUUCUUGGAGAGUUUCAUCCCAUUGCUGGCCCUAAAAUAGCAUGUCAGUUUCCAGAAGACUAUAUCUCCAAAGAAUUUUUUGAUUCCAUAAGUGCUUACAUCAUUCCCAAGCCGCAAAUACAAAGAUGUACAAUGACAAUCAACGCUCUGGGCCACAAGAUUGUGGGCUACCCGAUACGCAUCGACAGUUCGCGUUACGAGCGCAACGUGUACCUCUUCAACCUUUGCUUCGUCUGCGACAGCUGGUCCAAGACCGUGCAGUACGAGCCGGUGGUCAAGAAGCUCGGCGAGCAUUUGACUCUGAUGGAAGAGGAGACAGGGUUCGUAUCUAGCGGCUCUUCCAAGCUGCCGACGCUGCUCGCGCAUCUCCUGCACGACCUGAACACCUAUCGCAAGGCCACCUUAGUCGAGGGUGACACCGUGAUGCACUUGAAGGUGCUAGAGGUGCGCAAAGACCCGGCCCCCGUCCACGACUAUGACGUGCCCGUGCUGGUGUCCUCCGUAGGGCUCCCGCGGCCGGGGCGGCCGAGGCGCACCGUCCCGCCGGAGGGCGGCGAGCCGCAGUCGCGCGAGCACCUCGACGUCGAGGACGACGAGCCCUUCGAGGUGCACAUGGACGCCGACUGGGACCUCACCACCAGGCAGCUUCUGCCGUACAUCAACGGAUACAACCACGUGUUGAAAAUCGCGGCAGACACCAACGUUGAGAAAACUCUGGUCAAGUCUUGCAUUCAGAACUUGGCCUACUACGGAGUGGUCACUCUGAUCCCUCUGCUGAAAUUCAGCAACAUGUACCGCGCUACGCCCAGCCUCAGCCGGCUGUUCAGCGACCCAGAGUUGCAGAAGUCCUGCAUGGCCUUCAUCAGCAAGGGCCCCGAGUCCAAAGAGAAGACGCUGUCGCUGUCGGAGGUUAUGGAGGUGCUGUGCGCGCUGCAGCAGGGCACCUCCCUGCGCGCCGUGUGCGACCGCUACUCGGCCAACAACAACGGGGGCUUCGACGUCCGCAAACUGGUGGUGUUCGCGCAGCUCCACGGGCUCAUCAAGUGCCUCAAGAGGUACCCGGUGUACCUGCGCAAUUCCACGAGGCCGAACGGCUUCAGCAACCGCGUGGACGGCGCGCUGGGCAUACGGCACCUCUUCAACGGGAGGCACUGCACCGACGAGAUAUGCUGCCUGGCGCGCAUAGAUCUGCCCACCCUCGACCAGAUCAUCGAGGAGGACCCCAACGUGGCCGUCAUCUGGCGU